AACUGCAGUUGAGAACUCCAGUAGCAGUUCCUUCUUAGCAUUGAAGAGAAGGGGGCUAAGAAAUUUCUCGGUACUUCUCCUUAGCUUGGCUGCUUGCCGAAAGACAAGUUACUCUGAUCAUUACUCUCUGGCACAAAACUUCAAGAAGGAAGCAGGCAGGAGGACAACAUGGACAAGCAACUGAAGGCUUAUAGACAGAAGAACCUAGGCAGAAGAGCCUGUGAUAGGACUGAACCAACCCAUCUGGCAGAAAUGGAACCUCUACAAAUAGCAUACAACUUGAGUGACAACGAUAAACACUAUUAUGAUGACUUUCAAGAUGGAGAAGAUUCCUUUUUUGAUUGUUACUUAGAAUUUACAAUCAAAGGUGAGUUUACUGAGCCUAUCAUGGAAGAGGAUCUAAUUCUUAAAACCUUUGACCUACUGACAGAAAAGACAGAACAAGUGCUUUCUCACCAGAUUCUGGCAGCAACUUCAUUUCUUGAACAUUCUUUGGAAAACAAUACAAAGAAGGCAAAACAGGAUAUUAUAGACCCCAGUAUUGACUUGUCAGAUCCUAAAUUGGUCACCGAGUUUGUUGAGAAGAAGCCAGAAAAAAAUAAACAAGGUGAUAUUCCAAACGAUAAUGUUUGUCAUCGUGGAUGUACAAAAAAAUUUAAAAACAAAGCUGCAUUGAAAAAGCAUCUCCUCUCUGUUCAUGGUCCCCGAAGUCAUGUAUGUGCCGAAUGUGGGAAAGCAUUCAAAGAGAAAUCCAAACUCAAAAGACAUUUUCUGGUUCAUACUGGAGAGAGGCCAUUUCAGUGCACUUUUGAAGGUUGUGGAAAACGUUUUUCCUUGGAUUUCAAUUUGCGUGCACACGUGUGCACUCACACUGGUGAGAAACGUUAUGUGUGUCCCUUUGAUGGCUGUAAUAGGAGAUUUAUUCAGUCAUCUAACUUGAAAUCUCAUAUAUUAACCCAUACAAAGACCAGGAUGAAGCAAUGAAUGAAAAAAUGGAAAAUAAUCUUCAAACAGGAUAGACAUUAACAAGAGAGUAAUUGAGGAUAGAUGCCUCACUGAUAGUUGUUUCUAAGAAAUAAUUCUAAAAUCAAUAUUGCAAUCAUACAAGCCUUUUUUUUUUUUUUUAGUGUUACCAAAAUAUUUCUACGGUUCAUACAGUAGUGAUUUUAAGAACAUUGUGUCAAGGUAUGGUGUGCUGCCAACAGGAAGAUCAAUAAUAAACAUACUUCAAAAGCAUAAUCCUUAAUAUAUUAUAAACUGAAUCAAUGGACCUGGGGCUUGUUUCCAUAUGCUACAAAUAUGGAAUUGGCUAUAGAUUUUGCAUUUGUACUUUCUUUUCUUUUUCUCCUUAAUUUCUCCUUUUUGCCACCAGGCUGUUUCUAAUUAUUUUAAUUUGUCUCUUGGAAAUGUAAUUUAUGCUACAUAAAAGAAUCCUAAAAGGUGAAAAAUUUGCAAUUGUAAGAUGAGUGGUUAACUUAAAUGUAUUUUUAAUCUGUUUUUUUAUCAUUCUAUUAAACUGUA